CAAUUCGCUCAACGUGCGGGGGGCAGUUCGGACGUGUUUUGUCCAGUAGGAAAAUUUUUCUAACCUGAGAGUCGUCAACUUUAACGCUAAAUAUUUCGCUUCGCAGAGCAGACCGCCGCAUUUUUCUGCCAGAUUCUUUCGUUUCGUGUCAAAACUUGUCGAAUGAGCAUAAUUUUAUUGAUAUUCGAGGUGCAGUGCGUACUCAAAAUAAUUUCCCCACAAUGUCAUGCGUGUCCAUCUCGCCCGAGCACGCGGAAAGCAGCCUCCGAAUUAUGGAGAGUUAUCUGCACAAGCAACAGCUGACAGACGUCACGCUGAUCGCGGGAAAUAAGCGUGUCCCAGCUCAUCGAUUAGUACUCAGUGCUGGCUCUGAAUAUUUUGCUGCCAUGUUCACAAGCUCUCUGCGAGAGUCGGCACAAAAUGAAAUAGAAUUAAUGGAUGUUGAUGGAGAUGCUUUAUGGGCUUUGGUUCUAUAUUGUUAUACAGGUUGCAUAGAAUUGCAGGAAGAUAGCGUAGAGACUCUACUUGUAACAUCAUGUUUGUUACAAUUGAAUCCAGUUAUUAAAGCGUGUUGUCAGUUUCUCGUCAAACAACUUCACCCAAGCAACUGUCUGGGUAUACGGAUGUUCGCCGAUACGCAGGGUUGUUCGGAAUUGCUUGAAUACGCACACGCAUACACUACCAAACAUUUCAUGGAAGUUACAAAAAAUCAAGAAUUCUUACUGCUAUCUGCCAAUGAAGUUGCAAAGUUACUUGAAUCUGAGAAUCUUAAUGUUCCUUCAGAAGAAACUAUCUUUCAUGCUCUAGUGACUUGGCUGGAACACGAUCCAGAAAACAGGAGCAAAGAUGCCAGUAAAUUAUUAGGUUUAGUCAAAUUACCAUUGCUAUCACCCGCGUUCAUAGCUGACAAUAUUGAGAAUAACGAAUUGUUCAAAGACCAAAGAAUGGUGCAGGAAUUAGUAAUGGAAGCAUUUAAGUAUCAUUUGCUGCCUGAGCGAAUAUCUUUGCUUCAAACAGGCAGACCGAAAUCCAGAAAAGCCAUUCUGGGUACGUUGUUAGCUAUCGGAAGGGUACACGCCAAGGAAGAUGCAUCAUCUGUAGAGGCAUUUUCAUUACACGAUAAUGCCUGGCGAUCUCUAGAUGAAUUUCGCGAUAAACCCUGGUCAUCUGAAUCACUCAAAAGCCGAAGAUGUCAAUUUGGCGCAGUAGUAGUCGAUAAAAAAUUGAUUUUUGUGGGUGGUAAAGACGGUUCAGAAACAUUGAACAGAGUAGAAUGCUUCGAUUUCUCCACUCUUACGUGGAGCACUCUACCACCUAUGAAUGUUCAUCGACAAGGAUUAGGAGUGGCAGUCUUAGGUGGAUUUUUAUAUGCUGUUGGUGGUCACGACGGUCGUUGUUUUCUUAAUGCGGUAGAGAGAUGGGAUCCGGGAACAAGUCAGUGGAGUUCAAUAUGUCCUAUGUCCGUACAAAGAUGUGGAGUCGGUGUAGCUGUGUUAAAUGAUAAAUUGUAUGCCGUAGGAGGAGGAAAUAGCAGUUCCUGCCUCAGUACAGUAGAAUGUUACGAUCCGCACACGAACAAAUGGACACCGUGCGCACCUAUGUCAAAGAGACGAUGCUGGGUAGGCGUAGGAGUAGUGAAUGGUUGUCUUUAUGCACUCGGUGGUUACGACGCUCCAGCUAACAAUGCUAGCAUAUUGGAAUGUGUAGAAAGAUAUGAUCCUAAAACCGAUACGUGGACUAUGGUUGCGCCAAUGAGUGUGCCCCGGAGUGAAGUUGGUGUGUGCGUAUUAGGUGACCGACUUAUGGCCGUGGGAGGACACAACGGCCGACAAAGUCUCACACUAGUGGAAGCCUACGAUCCACAUCUCAACGAAUGGGAACCUGUUGCUCCUCUUAAGGCUGGCCGUGUGGAACCGUGUGUUGUUGUAAAAAAUUUAACUAAUAACAUGUAGAUUAUUCUUACUAAACAAUCAGUAAUUGGACUUGCUAAUUAUGCAAUUUAUAUUUGUAAUAACAUGUGAUUUAGGUGUAUUGAAAAAAUUUCAACCAUUAAUUGUAACUAUCAAACAUUAUAUUUGGCACUUAUUUGUACAUGAUGAUAAUGAUUAGUUCCUUUAAAUCCUAAGUGGGACAUAAGGUCUCCUAUGAGGUUUCAGUAAGUCGCUUUAAAUUCAGAUGUACGGGGGGUGAUUAGCCCACAGCACCUUGGCAUUGUGACAAAUAGGAGAUACACCUAUCAAUUUUCAGCUAUAUUUUGGACCAAUGAUUUAAUGUCUUUUCGAAAGGCAAGUCCUCCCCCUCUUCGUUAAUUUCUCAUGCGAAAGGGCAGUUUAGAAUAUUAAAAUUCCCAUGAUCACAGAAUGGACUCGAGCCCAGAUUUUUAUGAUUACAAUCUGGCGCUUUACCAAUAGACUACACUGCUACCUUUAUUGGUAUACAUAAUACCUCGAUUUUAUAUAAAUUUUUAGUGUAAUUAAUAAUUGACAAUGUUGAAAUUUGUCCAUCAUAUUAAUCCACAGAUGUCUGUUGUCUAUGAAGUAGAUAUUUGUGGUGGACGGAGAUCUGCGCGAAACGGACGAGUUUUCGAUCCAUCCAUAUUCUCUCAUUGAACAGAGUAUAGAAUACAAGUACAACAAUUUUUAAUAAAAUAUAGAUAUACAUAUACAUACAUAUAAACAUGUUUCCUCUCAUAAAAGUAACAUUGUUUUUCAUAAAUGUCUAUAUUAUUUUUUAUAAUAAAUCAUAUGUAAUAAAUUGUAUCCAGUUAUAUUAAAAAUGAUUGAUAAAUCA